AUGGAUUCUUGGGAUGAAGAUACUGACUGUUGCAAAUGGGAGGGUGUGGUGUGUGAUAACAGGAAAGGCAAUGUGAUCGGCCUUGAUCUCAGUUGUAGUGGACUAAGUGGUUCUCUCCAAUCAAACAGUUCCUUCUUCUCACUUCAAAACCUUCGAUGGCUCAACCUUGCCGGUAAUUAUUUCGGCAACUCUGAAAUCCCAUCUGAGUUUGGUAAGUUGAGGAGUCUAACUUAUCUCAAUCUCUCUGACACUGCACUCACUGGUUUUGUCCCACAUGAAAUCUCUCUUUUGUCAGAACUAGUUUCGCUUGAUCUCGGUCAGAAUUAUCUUUUGUUUAGGGACCAUGAUUUUAACAUGCUUGUCCACAACCUUACAAAAUUAGAAAAUAUCGUCCUUGACCGUAUGGGUUUGUCUCUGGUUGUACCUUAUUCUUUCCUUAACUUCACUGUCUCAUUGAAGCAUCUAAGUCUUUCUUACUGUGAUUUGCAAGGAAAUUUCCCCACCCAACUUUUCCAUCUUCCAUUCCUUCAAAACAUCAUUUUAAGAAAUAAUCCAAAUCUCAUUGGUUAUCUACCAGAAACAAAUUGGAGCAGUCCCCUUAGUUUUUUGGAUGUUUCAGGGACAAGGUUUUCAAAAGGGUUACCCGGCUCAAUUGGUAAUCUUAAACACUUGAAAACACUUAACCUUGAUAGUUGUGUUUUUAUGGGGUCAAUCCCUUCAGCCCUCGGAAACCUCACAAAAAUCACCUUCUUGGAUAUCUCAGGCAACAUGUUCCAAGGGCAAAUUCCUGAUGUUUUUGGGAAUUUAAACGAUCUAAGUUUCAUGGAUUUUUCCUCUAACAAUUUCAGUGGUCUCUUCCCAUCAUCAGCAUUUAACCUCACCAGCCUUACUUUCAUGGACUUCUCUUCCAAUUUCCUUCGGGGUACCCUGCCCAACAACAUAAGUGGACUUUCGUAUCUACGAGAACUCCACUUAUAUGCAAACUUGCUUAGUGGUAGAGUACCAGGUAGGUUGUUUAGUCUACCAUCUUUGGAGUAUCUAAAUCUCGGCUUUAACAAACUUAAUGGUCCCAUUGACACAAUACAAGAGGCCAACCUAGUCCAACUUGUCGAUUUAUCAAAGAAUGAAAUACAGGGAACAAUUCCAAGUUCUUUCUUUGACCUCAUGAACCUUACUAUUCUUGACCUUUCAUCUAAUAACUUGAGUGGCAAUAUCAAGUCAUGCAUGCUUGUGAAGCUUAAGAAUCUAAGGUCGCUUAAUCUUUCAUUUAACCACUUACUAUCAUUAACUAGGUGUAGUAAUGAUGCCAAUUCUACCCUACCCAUGAUAAUUGAGUUCCAUUUCUCUUCUUGCAACAUACAACGUUUCCCAAGCUUCUUGAAUGCAUCCAAGUCCUUGCAAGUUUUAGAUCUUUCUAAUAACCAAAUUCAUGGUUCUAUUACAAAAUGGGAAGCCGAAGGAUGGGAGGGCUUGGCCACUUUGAACCUUUCUAUGAACUUCAUCACUACAGUAGAGGAAAUUCCAGGGAAGAGACUGUAUGUUCUGGACCUUCACUCCAAUUCACUUCAAGGACCACUUCCAACUCCACCACAGUCAUUGGCGUAUUUCUUAAUCUCAAACAAUGAGUUGAACAAGUUGGGCGGAACUAUUCCAGAUUGUUUUAGGACAUCUAGCGACCAGCUCUCAAUGGAUGCUUUGAUAACAGUUAAUCUAAAUGGUAACCAAAUUGAAGGAUCAAUUCCACGGUCAUUAACGAACUGCGAUAGUUUGGAAGUUUUAGAUUUGGGCAGCAACAACAUAAAUGAUACAUUUCCUUAUUGGUUAGGUACGCUUCCACAUCUGCAAGUUCUUGUCCUUCGAUCUAAUAGAUUCCAUGGUGACAUACAAAAUUUCAAUGGAACAUUUUCCUUCGGCAGCCUUCGAAUGAUUGAUCUCUCUCGAAAUGAGUUCACCGGUCACAUCCCACCUGAUCUAUUUGACAAUUUAAAAUCAAUGAAAGAUAUUCAGGUAGAUAAAGGUGGUCCAAAUUACAUGGGAGGAGGUUAUUAUCAAGACUCUGUAAUUAUAACAAUGAAAGGGUUGGAUUUCAAACUUGAGAGAAUUUUAACUUCUUUCACAGUUAUUGAUUUUUCAAGCAACCAUUUCAAGGGGUCGAUUGCUAAAGAAGUUGGAGAACUUAACUCACUCAUAGUGCUCAACUUCUCGCACAAUAGCUUAGCAGGUAAUAUCCCACCAUCACUUGGAAAAAUGACAGCACUUGAAUCAUUGGAUCUUUCGUCAAACAAGCUUCAAGGAAGAAUCCCAGUGCAAUUAACUGACUUAACAUUUCUUGGAGCAUUGAAUCUUUCUCAUAACAAUCUUGAGGGACUGAUACCGUUAGCUAAUCAAUUCGGUACUUUCUCAAACGAUUCCUUCGAUGGCAACUCCGAACUAUGUGGAUUUCCAUUGUCAAAGAAAUGUGGCAACGAUCAGGAACCAGAAACACCUCCAUCAACAAUUGCUAAUGAAUCUGAAAUAGCACUUAUUUGGAAAAUAGCAGCAAUGGGUUAUGGAAGUGGACUAGUGUUAGGAUUGAGUAUGGGAUACAUAGUUUUCACAACUGGGAGACCUCGUUGGCUAUUGAAAAUGAUCAAGCGAAACCCAGAAAAGAGAAUGAGAAGGAAGAUCCAUCGAAAUGGAAGGAGAAAGAAUUAG